CGCAAAGGGAAAUUAAUCUUCGUUCGGAAGCAUGACUCGUUUAAAAAACGCGUGAAGUGAUUAGGGAGAUUAUAUAUGUAUAUAUAUUGUAAUUGGUUGCCUCUGUGCAGUUCUACGACCUUACCAACGUUGCCAUUAGCUAACGCUGCAGCAGAGCUAUAGUAAUGGCUGUCGAAGUUAAAAAAGAGAACAUCCCGAACCGCGAUGCAAAGGAACCAGAGCAGCUCAGAAAACUCUUUAUUGGAGGACUGAGUUUUGAAACGACAGAGGAGAGUCUACGGGCACAUUUUGAGCAAUGGGGGAGCCUCACAGACUGUGUGGUAAUGAGGGAUCCCAACAGCAAGCGGUCGAGGGGUUUUGGUUUUGUCACAUAUUCAAAUGUGACCGAAGUAGACGAUGCCAUGAAAGCAAGACCACAUAAAGUAGAUGGUCGUGUUGUUGAACCCAAGAGGGCUGUGUCCAGAGAGGACUCAAACAAACCAGGUGCACAUCUGACCGUUAAGAAAAUCUUUGUCGGUGGGAUCAAGGAGGACACAGAGGAAUAUCACAUUCGGGAAUAUUUUGAGAAAUACGGGAAGAUUGAAUGCAUUGAUAUAAUGGAAGAGCGCUCUACAGGGAAGAAGAGAGGAUUCUGCUUCGUCACCUUCGAUGACCAUGACACUGUGGACAAGAUUGUUGCCCAAAAAUAUCAUAUAAUCAACUUCCAUAACUGUGAAGUCAGAAAAGCUCUGUCAAAACAGGAAAUGAAUACUAUAUCCAGUAACCGAGGCAGGAGUGGAGGAUCAGGAAACUUCAUGGGUAGAGGAGGUGGGAACUUUGGAGGCAGUGGAAACUUUGGACGAGGUGGUUAUGGUGGAGGACGUGGUGGCUAUGCGGAUGACUUUGACAAUGGUCCAGGAGGAAACUAUGGCGGGGGGCCGGGCUACAGAGGAGGUGGAGGCGGCGGCUAUGGGGGAGGUGGUCCAGGAUAUGGCAACCAGGGUGGAGGAUUUGGUGGCAACUGUGACGGAGGUUAUGGAGGCAAUAGUGGAGGUUAUGGAGGUGGUGGAAAUUACAAUGACUUUGGAAAUUAUGGGGGGCAGCAGUCGAACUAUGGGCCCAUGAAAGGAGGUAACUUUGGUGGCAGGAACUCUGGUGGACCCUAUAGUGGUGGUUAUGGCUCUGGGAGUGGCGGUGGCGGCGGCGGCGGUGGUUAUGGCUCACGGCGGUAUUAAUUCUUGGUUGUUUUGGCUUCAGUUCUUAGCAGGAGAGGCGAGGAGGUGAGCAAAGGAGUUGUCAGGAAAGCUGCAGGUUACUUUGAGGCAGUCAUCUGAAAGCAGUAGAGGAACACAGAAGUCAGACAUUACUGCAGCUUAUCCAAGAAGUGUAUGGAAGGAGGACUGUAUGAACAAGACAUGAGUGCAGACGAUGUCCUUUCCUAUUUCUCCUAGAUGUGAACCUAAUGAGGAAGUUUUCCUUUCUGUGUCUGAAUUGUGUGUAUUGUGCCUAUUGGAUCAGGGGUAAAUUUUCUUUCUUUUCUUUCUUUUUUUAAGUCCUACAUAUUUUUGUUUAAAUUUUUUAUAUUGGUUAGUUUUAUCAUAAUGACCAGUUAAACAUACAUUUUUGAUCUUAGCAACUGUCAGAUAGCAUAGUUAUAAAAGGCCCUUCAAAAGCCAGAAGUAGUUGUUUCUUCCCUCCUAAUUUAUUAUUUCCGAAUUGCAAGUGUCAAGUGUGUAUUGAUUUGUAUGUAAAAGCACAGUGUGUAACUUUUUCAUAGUGUCAGUGUCAACAGAAAUAAACAGCUUAGAUUAGAACUAAGGGAAUCCCGCACUUCUCAUUUCUUCCAUUGAAACAGAUUCCAGAUUGUUCCCGUAUUUUUGGUUAGUGAAAGAAACGACUGAAUAAAGUUGUUUAGUAAAGUAACACAAGAUUCAGUGCAUCAUUGGUUCGGAAAAAAAGCAUGCAUGCUCAUUGUGACUGUGGUUAGCAUAUCAGCCUUUUCUGACUUGUCCCAAAUUUGGGAUUGUUAUGAAAAACAUGAUGGUGUCUGUUCAUAUGUGCAAUAUUCUGUGCUUUCACGGAUACCGUCGCCAUUUUAAAAGGGAGGUUUGAAUAGUUCCAGGGAAGGGCCCCGAGUGCAGCUUUGCCAGUGUUGAGAAGGUAGGAGUAUGAGAACCACAAGCUCCUGCAGUUUGGCCCUCAGCGUCGCUAGUGUGGAGGAUGACAAUCAGACAGGACGACUUCAGCCCCAGCACAGUGGACCAGUCAGCAUUUUGAGAGAGAAGGGAGAAGGCAGCAUCGAGCGCAACGGCCAUGGAAGGAAGUUUGCAGUGUCAUGCCUGGUAGUGAGCAUCUGUCUUUUUCCAAGGCUAGCUAAACUCCAGCAGCUGGUUCUCGCCAAGAAAGACUAGGUCCUGGACUCACUGAAGAUCCUGUUUAGUGAGAUACAGCAGUUUAACCUGCAAAUACUAGAUGUCAGACAUUGAACAAGAAAAGGGAGCCAAUAUUUCACAAAAGCUGACUUGAGAAGAUGGAUCAGGUAAGAGUAACCACUUUGCUUGAUUUACAGAUGUGGAUUUGGGCAUUCUCUUCUUGCCGAAAAUCUGUAAAGACCUGAUAACUUGGAAAGUUCUGGAUGGGUAAGACUUUUUUUUUUUUUUUUUGUAAAUAUUUUUCAAGGUUGAAUGUUGAUUAUGUACUGUGUGGUAAGGCGUACAGGGAAAUAGACUUAAGGUGAGAAUGGGAGGGUUCUUAAGUCGUCAUUCAGGUUCUUUGAAUGACCAAAUUUUCAAUUUCAAUUUUCAAAGGUGAUUUAGAAACAUUCUGUACAAAGGUAACUGACCAAGAAGAUAUGAAUCUAAAAACCUGGACAUAAAUAUAUAUUUAGCUGACACUAAACAUGCAGGUCUGAGAAGAUGAGACUGUCUUCAGCCAUGGAGACACCGGGCGUGUGACGUGUGUUCAAAAGUGCGCCCAUGGUGUUCACACUGGAUAAGCAGGGAGGGGCUUCUUCUUUUCCUACUGUUUACUAACUCAUGUCUGCCACGGUGGGUAGAGUCUUCAUGCGAAAUGUCAAAGCGCCGCAAAUCUCGCCAAUCUUGCUCCAGGAUUUUUCUUUCACAGCUCUAUUCCGAUGCAUGAAAGACUUGGUGUUAUAGAAUUCCAGCCAGUCACAGACCGCACUUGAUAAUUUUUUCUCCAUGAUCAAUUUUCAAACAAUUGGCCAUUCAAUUAAUUAAAAGACGCCAUCCAUGCCUCACUACCAAAUCAGAGUCCCUGAUUGGACACAGUUCAUCCUGGUUUAACUUUCAAACACAUUCAAGGACUGUGCAUUUUGUGCGCUGAGUUGGAAAGCGAUCGUAGAAAUUUGCGUAUCUACGUGUGAAUGCAAAAGUUUUGAACGCAGAAGAAGUCCAUAACGCUCAUUUAUACAGACUUUUCAUUGAAAGUGGCCACUUGAACGUGCAUUGCCCAGGGCGGUGUAAUCGUGGCUUCCGAUCUGAAAUAAAAUCUUAAAUUUGGAAGUAAAAAAAGGUUACUUUAAGGUUAAACUAAAGAAACAGACCUGGGCAAAAAUGUUGGCAUCAAACACGAGUUUGUUACAUAAGGGUUAUUUUUUUUGUCCACCUCCAUCACAAGGAGAACCAGUUCUCUGGCUGGAAGGAUAGCUCCAUGUUUCUGUAACUUAUCUUAAUCCAGAAUGCCUGGAUAGUCUUGGAAUGUCAUUGAACAAUCUUCUUUGCACAGAAUUGGGACACCUUGUGCCAGAUGUAACAAAGAUCAUAGACAAGCCUCCACCGUGUUUUACAUCUGACUGUCUCCUUUAGCUGGAAUGCUUUGUGAUUCUGGAGCUGAUCACCAGAAAUCUAGUCCUUCUAAAAGAAAGAAAAAAACUUCUCCCUAAAAUGUAUGUUGUGGCAAUCUUUUCUUUUUUGUUUGUUUUGUUUUUCUUUCAUCAUGAUUUUAUUUUUUAUUAAAUUUCCUCUUCUUGGUCUUCUCUUAAAAGGUCCACUUUGGAAAAACUUGUGCUUUGUCUUUUUUUGGUUUUGGAGGUUGUUCUCAGUUCCUUAACUACAUUAUCUUUUUUUUACUAUCUUUUUUUAGGCCAGUUUAGUCUUUACGUGCUUGUUUUGAAAUUCUUUUUUUGUUCAUUUUUUACUAUUUUUAUUUUAAAUCUCCUAAAGAUAACUAAUUCUUAAUCAAUGGAUCAACACAGUGACUAAUUGUCACCUUUCAGACGAUCUGAAUGUUAGACAACUAUAAUACUAUUCAGACACAGCUAAAUUAAUCAUGCUCAAAUGAAAAAUUGUGUUGAUCCUUAAGCGGUACAGUUGUUUUUGUCCAGGCCUGUUUCAUUAGUUUAGAUUUUGUUUUAUAAAAGCCCAUGUCUGUUUUUUUUUAAUUAGCUGAUUUUGAUUAGAUUUGUAUUUAUUUUCAGAAUUUUCCAGCCACAUUUGUUCUUGUGUAUAUGAUUUUUUUAAAAUAAAAUGGAAAUGAAUGAGAUGAACAGCUUUGAGAUGUUUUACUUCUAAAAAAAAAAACUAACAAUAAAAAUGUUUAAAAUAGGUCCAAAACAUUUUAAAACGGAUCAAGUGUGACAUUUUGUCAAAAGUCUAUGUUUGUGUCUCUCCAAUAUAGAACACAAAACGAAAUCAAAUGUGAAUAUCACCUAUACAGCGACAUUCACUUUUCUUUAAACGUUCAAAUAUUGAAAUCAAUACACAGAUCACUUUUUUCUGUGGAAAAGAAAAAAUUUGUAUUACCCUAACAUACUUUAUGAACAGCUUUGGCAUCAAGAACAACCACAUUGGUCACAAUAGCUAGAAGGUUGAUGCACAGCACCGUCUGUGUAUAUAGUCCUACUGAAAUAUGUAUUUUAAUAUCUGAAAGCUUUUGCUGUUUCAACAUUUGCAGGUUUGUUGCAGGAAUAAAAUCAGAGAACCCAAAAAAAGGACAUUUUCUAUGUUUAGAAAGGCAAUAAUGUGUUUCUACUGCAUUUUAUCCCAACAAAUAAAAUAGAUCAUUUUAAUACCAUUUUUAAUACCACUUUUUAAACAAAACCAAGAAAUAAACUGUUCCUAUGCAGACAUGAGAUGCUUAAACAUGCAUCAACAGAACAAAAUGAAAUCAUGAACACUAGGUAUAUAUGGAAAAAAUAUAUAAUUUUCAAGCUAAAACUAAUAUAUGGUAUACUACUAAUAGUAAAAGUACCAUUAUUCAGUGGUGUUUUCUGCAUUUUUAUUUCUAAUCACAUUGAUUUAGCUCAUCACUAAGGUCUGCAGAAACCAGAUAACGGCCAUAAAGGGAAGAAGUACUGAGGCAGAAAAACAUGGCGAGCAUUGGUCUCUGUUAUAAAGUUACUGUGUAUAACGCCAUUUACUAUUUAAGCUCUGGUUAAUUUGUUGAUUUCUAUUCAAUGCGUUGGUGCUUCAUUAAAUUGAAACUAUUUUUGUAGAACACGUUUUAUGUCCUUUUAUUUUAGAAAACUUUUUUUUUUUUUUAUGGUCUCCUUUCAUUGACGAUCUGCAAAUAUCUGUUGUGCAAUAAAUCGAGUUUGU